AUGACUCAUGCUACUCCAGAUCAAGUUGAUGCAGCAAAGGCAGUCAUACAAAAACUGCACUUCACAUAUAAUCCUGAAGGCUUUGAUAAUCCAAGCCUUCAAACCCACUGGCGUAACAUUGAAGCUCUGGCACUGAAUAGGUCUGAAUUGGAACCCGUUUCAGAUCACACAGUUCCACCCAAUGAUCGAAUUCUUAAGAAAGCGGGUAAACUACUAGAUGAACUUCGGGACUUGGUGUAUCCACCCUCUUAUGAUCCAGCUAACCUUCCAAAGAAAAGGCCAACAGCAUCAUCUACUCCUGCACCAAAGAAACCAAAAAUUGACCCGAAAAUCUAUGAGUGUAGAAGACUUGGCAAAAGAAGGCAAAAGUAA